UGAUGGUCGCGCACGACCCAACAAGCAGGAAACUCCAACAACUAAAAAACCUGAACCGUUGUACGGUAUCGUACGGUACGGUAAGGGGUCAGGACUAUCAUACCGUAAAAGUACGGUACCGACGGUACCGGUACCUACCGUACCAACCGUACAUUCGUUUUAGCCCGUACUCGUACCCGUGCUCGGCACGCGAUCACUCGAGAGACGUCCUUUCAGCUACAGCCGUACUAGUAGCUUGCGACUACUACUAGUACAUGGCAACGGCUUGUCGAGUACACAUACAUUGUUGUUGGUCGUGCCGUUAUGAACCAGCCAGCCAUGGAGAGACCCUCCAACAUCAAGGAUUGCUUUUACUAUUGGCGGCAAACUAGCCAGCCGCGGCUGCAGACUGUCCUGGCAUGGACGGCCAUUGGCCGGUAUGGUUCUACAUGUAGUUUGCUUGCUUCAAAGGGACAUCUUCCAGCCUCGCGAGACCUCGGUGCGUCAUUGGUUAUUUUAUAUAAUAGUACCAGAGCGAGGUGGGUUUGCAGCCAAAUCUCCCCCAUUUCUAGAUUUCUAGACUCUUCCUUCCCACGAAGGCAGGUCUUGCCGUUUGCUUGCUUCCUUCGCCGCCCUUCGGCGAGUUGCUUUCUUUACUACUCUGCCGGUAUCAACGGGCGCUGUCCCUUGCUUGUUCAUGUUCGUAACUAGAGCUAGAAAAGCAUCCAUUGCUGUAUGUACAUCUUUCCAACGACGGGAUGCGGGGGCGGCGAAGAGACGAGUUACUGGUGCAUGCUUAUGAGCCUUCACUCGCUGUGGGCGCUUGCUCUCGUACUGUACUCUUUGGUGAAAGCUGCUACUAGCGGAAGUACACCAGUACUGUACGGGUUUCUUGGGUCUGCUUUUGCAGCUGUGCUGUCCUCCAAAUCUUUGUGGCCGUUGGAAGCACGCCGUUUUCGAAGCUUAACUUCGUGCCCGAAAUUGUUGGGGGAGGUGGCCGAAAAGGUGAAAGCAGAGCCGUCGUACACAUGUCCCACCGGUACCGGUAUCAUAGAAGCUCUCGAGAACGAACGGUGACAAAAUUAGAUAGCACCCCUUGGCCGCAUUUGGCAAUGCUUUAGGCCGCGAAGACGUCGCGAUGGCCGAAUAUCAAAGCCGUACUGGUCCUUUCACCUCCUCGAAGAGCCACAACCGUAAGGGGAGGCAGUGACUCAAUUUUGUUGAUCAUGGCCUCGAAGCUCACAAUUAAUUUUGCCGGGGAGACCCAAAAUUCUUCCUCGUCGUAAGGUCGGUUCGGUAAGAAUCCAUGUGACUCGACUCUAGCUAGUCAAAUCCACAUUGUUUUGCUUGUCUUUUGUAUCUUCCUUAUCCAACUCACCGCUCGAAUCGAAAUCCCACGCAGUGCUUACCGGCAAUUGCUGGCGUUUGGUUUGGAUCCAGCGACGACGACAUGACGCUGUUGAAUCUCUUCACGGGCAAAGAGCUGGAUGACUGGAGUGGGAAGAAAACCGUCAAGACAGGUCAACAGGCCCGAAAUGUCAACGAUACUGCUACCACUGCAUCAAGUGUAGGAUCGGAGCAAGCCUUACCAUCGACUCCUGCCACGUUUGCGAAACCGAGCACCCUCGAAACUUGCAAGGAAUCCGUAGCAAGCUCGAAAUCAGGAUCCUCGACCGAAGCAUCAUCAGAUGACAAUUCGACUAUCGUGGUGAAUGAAGGGCGCUACUUUGUCGAGAAACUCAACGAUUCUGACUCCGACGAUGGAGAGACAUUCGAUGGCUUGUCGAUUGAGGGACUUGGAGCCGGAUGCAUCGACUGCGGUGAUCUUAACGUCGACAUUGACUCCCCUGAGACUGUUGACUCCGAGGCUCAUGAAUAUUGGAAGCGCGUCACUGCCAAUCGCAAGAGAAGCUUGGCCAGCAAAUCAUCCAUCCAAGAGAGCCCGAGCCACUCUCUUGAAAACACAGAGGAGCCUGAGGACGAGAUCGAAACUUAUGAUGAUAGAACCGAGAUUGAAGUUGUGCAUGCGUCCCACAAACACCACUAUAUCCUGGAACAAGAGCCUCGAAAAGAAACAAUCAUUAAAAGAAAGUCCCAAACUUUUCGAAAGCUGGUCCAAUCUUUGGCAAACAAGGCCCAGAGAUCCAAGCCAGAUGAGACGACCCAGAAACCCGCUAGUGGUGAGAGCAUCGCGGGCGAAGUGUCUUCAUCGAAGAAGACAGAGGAAAUCGAGCUACUGCCAGCUCAGCCAAAGAGGCUUUCGCAGCUUGUAAAAAUGCUGUCCAAGCAUAAGAUGGCGUCCAAGCCUGAAUCUAUCACUCAAGAAUAUUCCUGUGCCUCGAGUACUGAAGAUAAGUGGGGUCAGUAUGAAGACAAGUACAAAACACCAGAGGAGGUGAGCGAUGGUGCCACUGACGAUGAAGAAGUAGAGCUGCAGUUGGAGAAGAUAGCAACCGACGAAAUCAUGGAAGAACAUGUCCUUGAGGACACGGCGCAAGCCCCAACGGCCCAGCCUGAGAUUGCCUCAAGGGCGGCUGGCCAACGGCGUAGCAGCGUAAGGGCUUCGCUUAAAAAGGCGGGAACUGCAGCCAAGAGAGCCAUAAGAUCAAGAGCUUCCUUGAUGAAAUCUGCAAAGAACACUGAGUACGAAUCGUCAGCGUUCAGUGAUUCCGGGAGCACUAAAUCCAAGGAUGUUGAGAGCCGCAUCAGUUCUGCCCACGAUGUCGAAAGCCGCAUCAGUUCUGAUAACGAUAUUGAAAGCCGCAUUAGUUCUGCCAACGAUGUUGAAAGCCGCAUGGGCUCCAAGGCUGAUAGAAGCGCCAUCAGCUCCAGUAGGGAUGGUGAAAGCGCCAUCAGUUCCAAGGAUGGUGAAAGUGGCACCAUUUUUACGGCUGAUGCAAGCGGUUUUUCUUCGGCGAAGGCGAGUACAAGUACGAGUACUGCCUCUUCUGAUGUGCUGGACGGCAACGCCAACGCAGGAAAGAUGGCUGUCCGGAACAGCAAAGAAGACAUCCCGAGUGGCAAGAAUGGCAAGGGAUCAAGGAAGGCAACAAGGAAAAGCAAGAGAAGUAUCCUGGAUGACGUCAAGAAAAGAACAAGAGCGUCUGCCAUAGGCAAAAAAGGAAGCAAGCACCUACGAAAAUUGAGUCAGAGCUUCAAGCACGGCAUGUCACGACUAAAGAAUAGCGCCAAGCAAGAUACCAUACCAGAGACAGAUACAGACCUUGUAGUGUGCAUCGAUGGGAAAGGUGACCGUUUGAAUCCUGAAGACACGGAGCAACAGUCUGAGUCGGGACAAAAAUCAAGCACCAGUCGAGGUUUUGAGAGCCGUAGCAGCAGCAACGUAGACGACAAUGACUCUUCACCCAACGUGGCUGUCCGUCGAGAUGAUGUGUCGCGUGAUCUGGUCGUCGAAGUGGACGGCCCGGUUGCGAUGUACAUGAAUUCGAACAACAGUUCCCGCGACCCAGACGAUCCUGACGAUCCUGACGAUCCUGACCUCCAAGAUGACUCUGUGUGCAAUUCCACUCUGAGCGAGGGUCGCAAUACAGUGUUUUCGGACAGCACAGGCUGGUUUAUAGAAGAAGAGAAGGAACCAUACAACGAAGCACAGGAAACAGAGUCCGGUGCGAUAUUGACGAACGGUGAGACACUACUUCCGAAAGAGGAAAAGGCAAUAGUGCAAAGGUGCAAGAGUGAAGGUGAUCUCUCUCGGUUUGGUGUUGAAUCACCUUACGACGAAUUCCCUCCUGGGAUAUUGUCUAACAGUUGUUCCCAAGCGGAGACAUCCACGGUUGACUCGUCAUCAACGUCAUCAGAUUCAGACUCGGAAUCCUCGAAUGACUUGAAUUCGUUUAGCUCGAGCACCACCGCCGACGAUUCACUCUUGUACGAGUUUUUCCCCAUGGGUUCACUUGCGAGUUUGACAGGUAUCAAGUGUCACGACAUGGACGAUGCCGGGCUCGCUCUGGCGUGUACGGAUCGGACAUCCUCUUGUGUAGCGGUCCAUUCAGGGAACGAGGCAUAUCAAAUUGCGUCUAGUCGAGCGGCCAGCAGCCACGAAUUGAACCUUGAGCUGUGCAAGACGGCGACACUUGUCCGAGGCAGACCUGAAUGCCGCCCACCAAGACGCAAAAUGAGCAGAAAAUUGGAGCUUUGUCCCACCAACGAAUCGCCAUUGCCAAGGAACGACUCCAAGAAGACUUCGAUGCAUGAUGACGACGAAGAAGACUCCAUUAUCGAAUGCAAGGCAGUUGACGAUGACGACGAUGAUGGUAGCUUGGUAAUAUUGUGAUCAAUUAUUGAAUCCUAAGAACGGUGGCUUAUGUUGCUGAUGUCGUAUGAGCAUGCAGCAAGGGAGAGAGCCUACGUUCUUGGAGUGUUGUAAAAGUAAAUAUGCUGGGCCGAGAGCUAUUAAAGUUCCUGUGUUGCAAGUAGUACGUACUCUUGAAAUUGCAGCCUCAAAAACAACCAACUUAGCUACAGUAGCUCUCGUCCUGGUGCCCUACUAGUCUCGGCUCUACCCAAUGCAGUCCAACAUCAAGCGGUUCUAGACAUUCUAGCUAGCUACUGUGGCCAACGAUUGGUCAUUCCCUCAGCACUCAGCAGCGCCAGUGAUAAACCUGGAGCCCGCCCAGUGAAUCGAAUCGAA